AUGCGCAACCCCGAAUCGGACUCAGAGUUCUCGGGACGAGUCAGCAAGAAGCGACGCAUUUCCUCUCCCAAUAGGAAACGCUCAGACGCAGUCAUGAGUGUCGAAGUGCCUACCAUUACGCUCACUCCGCUUGAGAGCACCCUCCGAACGCUGCUUCUGGAUGUCGCGCAAUACAUCGGAGAGCAAAAGGCCGCCAAGGGAGGAAACCAUAUCACAGAUGACUCGGAGACUGUCUUGCGCUUCACAGGUGGCUGGGUCAGGGACAAGCUGCUUGGAAUCGGGAGCAAUGACAUCGACGUGGGCAUCAGCAACAUGACGGGAUACCAGUUCGGAAUGGCCUUGAAAGAUUACCUGGAUGUUCCAGAACGCCUUGAAAAAUACAAGGACAGUCUCCCGACUGGGAAGCUGCAUGAUGCCAUUGUGAGCCUUCACAAAAUAGAGGCCAAUCCUGAGAAGUCAAAACAUCUCGAGACCGUCACAACCAAGAUCUUCGGUUUGGAUAUCGAUUUGGUCAAUUUACGGAAGGAAACAUACACAGAUGACAGUCGUAAUCCUCAAAUGGAGUUUGGGACUGCGGUUGAGGAUGCUUUAAGGCGCGAUGCAACUAUCAAUGCGCUCUUCUACAACCUCAACGAAUCAAAGCUGGAAGAUCUUACCGGGCGAGGGCUGGAUGACCUAAAGAAGAAGAUUAUCCGAUGCCCACUGGAACCAUAUCAGACCUUCAAAGACGAUCCACUGCGUGUGCUUCGAUUGAUCCGGUUUGCGAGUAGACUGAACUACAAUAUCGACCCGGAAACAGAGGCUGCUAUGCAGAUUGAAGACAUCGGUGAGGCAUUGAAGCUCAAAAUCAGCAAAGAGCGUGUGGGGACUGAGUUGGAGAAGAUGCUGCGUGGCCCUGACCCACGCCGUGCAUUAGAGUUCAUCGAUCGCCUCCAUUUAUUCCCCACGAUCUUUGCCAACCACCAGGAUGAGGUUAAGGCCGACACUUUGACAUGGUCCCUUGCUUACAACACGCUGGCACGGUUACUACGCCCAGAACCUAGUGACAGCGAAGAAGUUCAGGCAGUUACGAAUCGCCUUCGCGAGAUCCUAUUCCGCGACGAAACCAGCCUGUACUACGCCUGGAUGAUCGCAACAUUCGCUCCAUGGACUUCAAUCCCCAUCCGUACCGUGAAAGGAGCCAAAGCCAAACCCUUACCCCCGCGAGCGGUGGAGGUUGGAAGAGACAGUCUUCGUGCUGAUAACAAGACCCUCAAUGCUAUCCGAGCUGCUGCUCUGAAUUACGAAGAAACAAUUGCGACCAAAAAUGCACUACUAACCAACCAAAUCACUGGGACACCCGCGGAAGUCAGACAGCGGAUCGGGUUGCUGAUUCGAUCAUGGAAUAAGGACUGGAAGUUUUGCAUCCUUCUGGCUAUCAUGGAAGAAAACAUGGCGCACCGAGGCUUUGCAGAAGUGGCCCGGGAAUACGACCAAUUCCUUGCGUAUAUUGUAGAAAAUGACUUGGAGGGUGUUUGUGACCUCCGGCCCAUUGUAAACGGCAAUGAAAUCAUGACAAGACUCGGCGUCAAAACGGGGCCCUGGGUAGCCAAGGCAAUUAACAUGGUUACGGAGUGGCAGCUUCUCCAUCCUGAAAUCACCGACAAGGAAAGGGCGCUGGAGGAGAUCGUCAGUCGACGAACAGAAUUAGGGGUUUAA